AAAACAUUUGUCGCCAUGACAACGUUGAACCAAUUGCAGUUUUCCGUAUCUGGUAACCUUUGCACGGGUGUGACGCAGCUUGCUCCUUUCACGCAUUUGUCAUCAUGGAUACUGGACUUCGUCCUCUUCCUUUGUCAGCCAGUCUCAAGUGUUCGCUCACACGAUGACUUGAAUUUGUGCUGGAUUCUAAAAAAUUACUUUAAGGACCCGUUAAAUUAUAUUGAACACAAAAGGUGUGUGAGGAUGCACAGGAGCGACAGUCCACUGGGGAGUUUUGCAGGAUCCAUCUUGUCCAAUGGCCACUCGGUCACAGAUGAGGCGUCGUCACAGGUGUCGUACGCGUCGCGGCCCAGCGCAAAGUCGAUAUACCUGCAGAGGAAGGAGUACGCCGCCGCCCUGAACAAGACCGUCAAUUAUUUCCAUUACAGAGUGGAGCACCUCCUCACAUGCGACCUGGACGGCAAAGAACUGCGAAGCCUCACGGACUGCGUGGAGAGGCUCAAUCUGUUGGACAAGAUGGGUCGAGUGUGGGGCCAGAACAUGCUGCUGGAGGUCAAAGGGCCCGACCUGCUGCUCACCGACAUGGAGACCAAGGACGUUCUGGAGUCCAUUCAUCUGUGCGACAUUCUGGAGCUGAAGGCGGUGUUGAACACUUUGGCGUCAAACUCGCUCCUGGCUCUGACGGUCAAACCCAGCAGGAAGCAGACCACGAGCGUCUUCCUGUUCCACUGCGAGGACGUCCGGGCGGAUUAUGUCCAAAGGGGUCUCUCACGAGCACGUUUAAGCGCAGCACAGGAGAAAGAAACAACCCCGAGUAAAGUGGAACCAGAGGAGAAACCCCCCGAGUGGGCCACACCCGAUUACGACGACGAGAGUGACCCGGUUGUGGCUUUGAGGGAUGGGGAUGAUGAGGAGGAGGAGGAAGAGGAAGAAGAUGAAGAAGAAGAAGAAGAAGAGAAGGCGCCCAACAAAGCAGAACCUUUGCCUCCUCCGCGACCUUACACAGAGCUGGACAGAAACGUGGACAUCUUAAACCGCAUCGUCAGCGACAUCGAGAUCUUCAUGGGAAAGUUGGCCGCCGCGGUGGCCAAAAAUGCCAAGAAAAAGAAGAAAAAGAAAAAAGGAAAAGUCUUGGCUGGGAUGCCACCCACGUCAGAGUUUGUAGAAUGUCUUCAAAAGAUCAAAUAUGGUUUCAACCUUCUGGUGGCCCUGAAGGGAAAGAUCGAUAACCCCGGCGUGACCGAAUUUGUGCACUCCUUGUUCUCAGCGUUAGGUUUUGUGGCAUCUCAUUGCUCUGAGGACGUGCCCCCGAGCGUGGUGGCGCCCCUGCUGACUCCUCAGUGCAUCUGCCUGAUGAGCGAGGAGGCGUCGCCGGAGGAGGACCUGCUGUGGCAGUCCCUGGGGGACGCCUGGAACAUCCCCAGCACUAAAUGGCCCGAAGACGACGAGGACAUCCCGACGUACACGCUGGAGUUCUUUGACGGCUGGGAGCCUCCCGAGCUGACCGAGGCCCCCGCAGCCGCCGCUGAGACCCCGUUGAGUCCGCGAGACUUUCCACCCCCCUCGCCCAGCGAGACCCCCACCAAUGAGACGCCGGCACCUCCUCCCCCAGUACCCCAGCCCAUAAGGAUACCUGCAAGGUCAAGGUCGCAGGAGAAAAAGCUACGUCGCAUGCGCGUCACGCAAGACUUCAUCUCGAGGAACGACAGAGAGCUGACCAUCAGGAAGGGGGAAGUCGUGGAGCUGCUGGACGUGACCAAGCUUUGGUGGGAAGUGAGGAACAGCAGCGGGGAAGAAGGUUUCGUCCCCAACAACGUCCUGACCGACAGUGAAGAGCAAGCUGACGACGAGCCCACUGGAGGUUCUCCCGUCUUAAGCAAGAAGUCCAAACCGGCAGAGGUGAAAGCCUGGCUGGAACACAUGGGCUUCACAAAGAUCACGGUGCGUUGCCUGGGGGUGCUGAGCGGCUCCAUGCUCCUGAGCAUGACCCGAGAGGAACUGAAAACUUUGUGCCCAGAAGAAGGCGGUAGGGUCUUCUUCCAAUUGCAGGCCGUCCGCUCCGCCGCCCUCGCCGCUGCAAACUGAGCCGGCGAGCGGCCGCGGAGAGAACGUCACCAGAGGCUUAAGCUCGCGGCAGACAAGCCGCUGUCGUUAUUACCUUGGCACUUUUCACAUUAAAUAUGUCACGUAUUGCUGC